CUCGCAUGUCGCUUCAUUCCAAUAUAGCCCAACAAAUCAUCAACCCCCAGAAGUCUCCUUCAGAAAAAAACAGGUCACGUUGCUUAAUUCCCCAAAAGUCUCCAUUGAUUUUUUCUCAUUCCCCAGAAAACGCAUCUCUCCUCUUUCUCUCUGCCUGGACCACUGAUUCAUUUCAUCUCUCCCAUCUUGUUCUCCAUUUUCAACUGUGUCAGAACUCCGGCAUCGCAUCCCUCUCACGAGUCACGGCUAAGCCCUCCUUCAUUUAUUUUAUUCUAAUUCUGACCUCUUCUCUCUGUUUCUUUACUUUCGGUCCCUGUUUUAGAUUUCAAUGCUAUAUUAAAUACUACUUUCUGGUUUCUACUUCACUUACCUUUGCCCCUAUUUCAUUUACAUUCUUCUUCUUCUUCUUCUUCUUAAUUGUAGCAUUUCUUUUCUCUAAUGGCUAUUGAAUUUUUCUCUGGAAAUUGUGGAGAUCCCAUGAGUCCGAGAAUCUCAUUCUCUUAUGACUUUUGCCAUUCGAAUGCGAUCCCUGUUGAGCAACACCUUUCUCGAUCGAAUUCCUCCGGUUUGAACAAUCCGUCGUUUGAUUUUGAUUUCUGUGUUCGUGAAACCUUUGACCAGGAAUCAUCUUCAGCCGAUGAGCUUUUCUCAGAUGGGAGACUCCUUCCCUCCGAAAUCAAGAAGAAGAAGAAGACGAAGAAGGAUUUUCCCCUGAAACAAACCGAUCAUCAGUUUCCUAAAUCUCUGCCCGCGCAAACUGUUCGAGAAAAUGCCUUAGCCACCAAAGUAUCAAACCCAGAGAGACUCAAAGAAGAAGCAGAUGGUGAAAAGCAAGGCCACAAUCACAAGUCCUUUUGGCGAUUCAAGAGAAGCAAGAGCUAUGGAACUGGGUAUGGAAGAAGCUUAUGCCCUUUGCCACUUUUGUCUCGCAGCUAUUCAACUGGUUCAACCUCGCCUUCUACCUCAAGCGUUAAGAAGAACAUGUCUGUGUCAAAAGAAGGUAAAAGUAAUAAUAAUAAUGCCCAGAAAUUGCAUGCGUCAUCAGCAAGGUCUUCAUCCUCUUCGUCAGGUCACAACAGUUAUCUUAAGCCUCCACUGAAGAAAUCUCAGACUGCAUCUUAUGGUAAUAAUGGUGUCCCUGUGAUUCUUAAUGUUCCAUCUGCAAAUCUAUUUGGAUUUGCUUCAAUCUUCUCCUCCAGAAGUAAAGAUAAGACGAAGAGGAAGUGAUUCUUCGUUAUUCCAAGCAUUUUGACUCUGAUCCUUAAUUAGAAAGAUUAGUGAACUGUCAAUAUGGUCCUCCACAGGCAUUUCUUGUAAAGAAAGGAAAAUUUUCAUUUCUGGUUGAUGUACUACCAUGUGAUAAUGAGGUGAGGUAUGGGUAAAAGUUGUGUGAUCAAGGACAAAGUCAAACAAAAUGAUGUUUCACGGUUGUGAAGAGGAUUUAUUAUUCUAUGGUUGUCUCUUGUUU